AUGGGUCAGUCUCAGAGUGAAACAGAAAAGGAAGUGGCUCUUCAAAACAUUCAGGAGCUCUACCGAAAGUUUGCAAACGAAUGUCCAAGCGGCAAUCUACACUUACAUGAAUUUAAGAGGAUUUUUGGGAUUAACAGCGAUUCCUCAGAAGAAGAGUCUGCAUACAUGGAAAAUGUGUUUCGGUCCUUUGACACAAAUAAGGAUGACAAGAUAGACUUCAUGGAGUAUGUAGCAGCAGUGCACCUUGUUCUCCGUGGAAAACUGGAGGACAAACUAAAAUGGUCUUUCAAAGUUUAUGACAGGGAUGGAAAUGGUCGUCUGGACAGACGAGAGGUGAAACAUGUGGUCAAAAUUAUCCACAAAUUAAAGAAGCACAGUGAUCCAUCUCUCAAACAGAACAUUGAUGAUAUCUGUGAAAGAAUAUUUGAACUAGUGGAUAAAAAUAAAGAUGGUCAGAUUUCCCUGGAAGAAUUCAUUGAGGGGGCUGAGAAGGACCCCUGGGUUAUGGAUCAAUUAAGACUUGACUUUCGGCCUUGUGGUUGGUUCCUGGAACAAAAGGACAAAACCUCCUGA